AUGACGAGUAGCAACGGUAAUACAAAUGGGCAAGUUAAGCGUAAGCUUAAUUUUGGAGCAGGACCAGCUCAACUACCACUUGAAGUAUUAGAAAGUGUUCAAGCCGAAUUUUUAGAUUUUAAUGGAUCUGGAGCUAAUGUUAUGGAACUUAGUCAUCGAUCAACAACUUUUGCGAAAGUUAUUGAAGAUGCUGAACGAGAUAUUCGUGAUAUUUUAUCAAUACCGGAUUCUUAUGCAGUUCUUUUUUUACAAGGUGGUGCUACAGCUCAAUUCAGUGCUAUACCAUUACAUUUUCUCAAUUUAAAACCAUCGCAAACAGCUGAUUAUCUUGUUACAGGUUAUUGGUCAGAAAAAGCAGCGAACGAAGCUGAAAAAUUCGGUAAAGUCAAUUGGGUUGUACCUAAAAGAAGCAAAUAUCAAGAUGUACCAGAUGAAAAUACAUGGAAAUUAACAAAAGAUCCUUCUUAUUUUUAUUAUUGUGCUAAUGAAACAAUUCAUGGUAUUGAAUUAGAUGAUAUUCCAGCUAUUGUACCAAAAGAUGUUCCAAUUGUUUGUGAUAUGUCAUCUAAUUUUCUAACACGACCUUUUGAUGUUACGAAAUAUGCUGUUAUCUUUGCUAGUGCUCAGAAAAACUUUGGUAUAAGUGGUCUUACUCUUGUUAUUCUACGAAAAGAUUUAGUUGAAAAAAAUGUCAAUAAAUCAAUACCAAUUAUUUUAGAUUAUAAAAUACAUAUUGAUAAUGGAUCAAUGUAUAAUACACCACCGACAUUUUCAAUUUAUAUUACGAAUAAAAUGUUCGAUUGGAUUAAACGACAAGGUGGUUUAAAAGCUAUGAAUGACCUAUCAAAUAAAAAAUCAUCAGCUGUUUACGAUGCACUUGAGCAAUCCAAUGGUUUUUAUGUUAGUUUUAUUAAUAAAAAAGAUCGUAGUCGUACUAAUAUUCCAUUACGUAUUGUUACUAAUGGCACACCAAAUGAAAAACUUGAAACAUUAUUUCUUAAAGAAGCAGUUCAAUCAGAUAUGAUUGAAUUAAAAGGUCAUCGUGCUGUUGGUGGUAUUCGUAUAAGUCUAUAUAAUGGUAUUACAUUAGAAGAAACCAAUAAAUUACUAAACUUUAUGCGUACAUUUCAAACAAAUAAUAGUUAA